AUGAGCUAUCCCUGGGGUAUUGAUGGACUAGACAGGUCUCGAUUUGAAGCCUAUGCUAAACUCCUACGGCUGAAAAAUGGCGGUCAGGUUGAGAAAGCUUCAAGCUUUUCUGAGGCGCCCGACGAAGAGACAGAAGCAGAUAUGCUAGACGACACUGAUUCAGUCAACGCGAACGCAAUUUCAAUGUUUGAUGAGAAAAAACUAAAGAGAGCCUUCCUUGAUAGGUUGUCUGAGCUUGUUGCGAAUGAGAAAGGAGGCUAUCAUGUCUCCUCAUCUCUGAUGAUCGAGUGGCCAGAUCGAAUUGACAUUCUCGUGGCAAGGAACAAUGGUUUCAAGAAAGCAGAUGCGACUCUCCGCAUGUUGGAAACUAUAACAUCUAGCCUUCGAGACAUCUCUAGGCUUGCUUCCUCAGCCAAACGUGCCCUGAAGGCGACUAACCGAUCAGCGACGAUUCAUUUUGAGACCCUAACCUUGGCCGAUCGCACGCCAUCUCUUCCUUCACAACUCGAGGGAAUUCGCUCCCUUAUAGACGUUGUCACAAGUUCGCCAACGCAAGGUGGCAUCGAACAGCUAAUCAUGAGCGCCCACGACAUUUACGCCUCAUACAAAGACACUGACUUUGACGAGAUCACUGGCAACCAUACCGACAUCAAAUUGCUAAGAGACGCGCUGGGAUUCCUCGGCAGGUUACAGACAUGCUUCAACACUUUGACGAGAAGUGCAGAGAGGCUCUCAAGCUUCCAAAAUCUCCGGAUACUCCCAGUGAUAAAUACACCGACCGGCCAAGCAAAAGGGAAUAUGACCGUCCGAAACAAUGCCUGGUCGUUGGCAAAGACGUUCUCAUCUCUGGGCCUUGCAUUAGACGACAUGACAGUAGAAUCCAUUGUCGGAACUGGGAAAAAGAAAGGGGGGUGGACAAAGAACAAACUGCUCCAAAGGUUCGACAAACUAAAGGCCGCGGUCUUCGAAGUGCACGCGGAAAUGCAAGUCAUGUUGGCGGCGACACAACACGACUGUACGGGUGCGGCCAUAUUCAAAUACAUCGGCUGCAGUAAGCGCAGCUGCUUUCUUUGCUCUAGGGCUGUUCAAAAUUACGGGUCCUACACGACAAGAGGAUGCCAUGGCAAACUCUACAAUCUUUGGACAGUACCAGAGCUUCCAUGGCUUGCUGAGGAAGAAGCCUUGAAGCUCGUUCAGGCUAUCAAGAAUGUCGAGAAGGCCAUGAAAGAAUUCAUACGCAAUAGGAAGACUGACGGGCUUCUUCUCGGUCGUGAGUCUACUAUCGGGGGCUCUUCGGUUGCGACCAGGCGACCGCAAUUCAGCGAGAACCCUGUUAUCAUAUCCUUCGUCUCAGAUUAUCUAAGAGCUCAGCGCCAAGGAAUGAUGUCCAACUCUGGUGAAGAAACAGGCUUUACAACCCCCGAGGGAUCAAGUCAGUCUUUGCCAAGCGGAGCUCAAGAUGAAGCUGAUAACGAUGCCUUUUUGGGUGGACAAACCCAAGACGGGACCACGAGAAACAUAUUUGAAACCGAACAAAUGCGAGGUGAAUGCGAAAUAUGCGAAAUAGAGACUGAUCGUCGCUGUCAAUUCUGCAGCCUGGCUUGGUUCUGUAGUAGACAGUGUCAAGAUCAGAUGCGAUUCCGUCACCUCACUAAGUGUUCAGCUCGCUCGAUAACAACUGCCGACAUACUUUAUGAAGACGCACUUGAAGAUCGAAUUCCCCAAGACCCAGAGACACUUGAGCAUUAUGGGUUCGCCCGGUGCCGCGAUCGCAGAGAGCAAUCUCACCUCCUUGGCCUCUACCAGGGUCUCGUACGUCGUUUGAGGAUUGGAGCCAUCCAGCUGAACGAAUGGCGAGUGAGAGAUAUACUCGGUAGCAAAAUCAUCGAGACGUUUUCCAAACUACCUGCGCAGUAUCGUGGGGGCUACUUCCCAUGGUUCCUCCGAAAUCAGCACAUUCUGGAUAAGUCAAGCCCGCCUCUUGAUCUCCACUUCAAGGAUAAUCCCCUUGGACGAGCUAUAACUAUCGCAAAGCAAUACCUCGACGAAGAGGAUCGUGUCAAGGAAAUAAGGCAGCUUGAGCCUCUAUCGAAACGGCAUUGCUUCCUGUUUUACGCCAUGGCCCUGGACGGCUCGCAUCCAAACCCAUCUUGGGCUGGAUUUGAUAUGUGGUACGAUUUCGGCUUCGCAACUUGCCGCGGCGAAGACGACGAAAGUGGCCUUGGGCAUCUAUAUACUUUCCUUGUAGGUGGUCAUAAAACAUUGAGAGAUUACGACCAAAGUCUAGGGAUCAAACCAAGGGACUACCCCGAUCGGCCCACAUGUUCAUUCAACGAAUUAUGGGUGGCUUAUGAAACCGGCAGCCUUUCGAAGCUCUUCGAUCAAUAUGGUUUUAGCUACUCGUUACGCGCUGACUCUGGCCUGCGGGAAUUUUUAUCCUUCCCGCCACAUCAAGACGCACUGCGCCCAUCGGUUUGGAGGUUGAAGCACUUCCUGGCUCUCGAUCAUAACAUUCCACUAGGCAAUUUCCCCAUGAUUGAAGCAGCCGCCCGGGAAUACGGAUUCUUAUCGCAGCUCGACCCAGUGACAAGGUUGGCUUUAAGGAACUUUUACGAGCGGCUGUUCAAGGAGAUCAAUCCACUCAGGGUCCAUGAAGCCAAGAAUCGUGGCACAUUGCUCGAGUAUGCGGAAAGCAGCCUUGAUGUCAUUGACAAUGGUGUCCGGAAUGUGUUGCGAAGGCUUGGCUGA